GCGUGGAAUAUUUAUUUUGGGGUAACGCUAAAUUUUACCCACGACUUCAUUUACGUAGAAGGUGAAAAUAUCUUUGAAUAAUAGAAUAUUAAGGAGCUAUUUAAGGUACAAAAAUCACGCUUUCUAACCGAUUUCAAAAGAGGAGGCUAUCAAUUUGACCAAGGUGGCCAAAUUGAUGAUGAUUGAUGAUUGAUUCUUUAUUUGACCGAUUUCUCGAGAAUGCUUGAAGCGAUUCUGAUAAUUAUUUUUCCUUUUUUUUGUUCGAAAGGGUAGACUUCCCGAAUGGUCUUGUAAUCAUAAAGAUCAGGAUCUGAUGUUGGGAUCCUGGAGAAAUCGAGAAAAAUCUACAAUUUUCAAAGCCUAUCUUGAAGUGAUUUAGGUGUUUCUUGUUAUUCUUCUUAUUAUGUACCGCCGCGCACCAGCCGGCCGGCGCCUUGUACAUUAUACGCGCUUGAUCAUUAUUUUCCUGCGAUGUUAUUUUAAAACUGCGAUAUCUUCUAAGAUACUCAUUCAAAACAAAUUGUGUAAAGGGCAAAUUUCUUUUAAAUUAAUUACUUGUAAUGAAUAACGUAUUUAUUUGGAUAAGGAUUAAUGUGAUCUUUAUAAAAACACCUGCACAAAUAAUGCUUUAUUUUAGAACAAAUUUGGUUAGCGUAAAAAGGUUAUAUAUAGUGAGCCAACCUUAAAAUAUAGACACAUGCUGUUGCGGACUAUUUUUAGAACUUUUAAACGGGAACAAUUCUGUCAUACAUUAUUUUAGCGAAACUUUAUCCGUUUUCGCAGCGCACGUAGCGGAAGCUUCCAAAAGGAAAAAAUAGAUUGUCUGUAAAGUCGGUUUACUGACGAUAGUUGAACGUGACAACGUCUUAAGAAAAUACUGAUGGAAUGGUUUUUUUUCAAUUAUCGCAAUUAUCGUUGCUAUAAACAAUUGACACCACAUUCACUUUUCACUAAACUUCAUACUUGACGAAAACAUGUAAAUGUAUUGUUGUAUAACAGCUGUCCACGCGGAUGCAUCGCUCACUCAAGUUGGAGAGAGACAGAUGUCAAACGCUGCGGAACGCGGAGGCCGAUUGUGCCUCUUUGUCGCUCGUUGCGUGCUCUCCCUUGCACUUCAAGCUUUAAAUGGAACGCCUCAGAGCGAGGUAACGCCGCAUGAGUCAUGUUUUUUCGUGCGUGCAGCCGGUUCCAUCGAAUUAUAAGACGUUGUCACGUCAAAAAAGAUUUUAAAACAUUAUUUAUUAGUUCUCCGCUCGUAUUAGUCUUAGCGAGAUGUAAUUUAUCCUAUAGCCUUUCUUAAUAAAUGGGACAUCUAACACUGAAAGAAUUUUCAAAUCGGACCAAUAGUUCCUGAGAUUAGCGCGUUCAACCAAACAAACAAACUCUUCAGCUUUAUAAUAAUAUAUUAGUAUACACUUAGUAUAGAUGAGAUUAAAAGAAUAACUCAAAGAUUUCAAUGUGAAAUAUUAGUCAUAAAGUUAAUAAAUUAAAUCAAAAUUAAAAAUAAUUAAAACAUUUAAAUUACAUAAUAAUAUCAAUCAUAGUGUGAAUUUGGAACUUAUUAAUAAACCCUAAUUUGUUGCACGCUCGAAAACAUACGUGAGAACAUAAAUUAUGUAUACAAUGUAUGUGUAUAAAUGUUAUGGUCAUUUCUAUGUUUUUGAAUUAUGCUCAAAUAUAGUAUCAAACGCUUAAUUACACACUUGAACAUUCUCGAACAAUAAAAUCGAUAACAAUUACCUACAACGAAACCUAAUUCAACCGACCAGCUAGAUUCGAAAAAUAUCCGAAUACUUAAUCAAGUUGUGUGGGCAUUAACUUCACGACUGUUAUAAACAGUGAAUUUUCCUCAUCAUUGAUCGAUUCAGUGCUACUAUGUUAACAGCUUACGUCGUACCAUCGGGAUAAUAGUGAUUCCACCGAUUCGACUUUAUGGCCCAUGUUUUUCGGUGUUGUUCACACUUUUGUUCGACGUCUAGUAUAUCUUUAUAGUUUGCUUUAUUACAGUUGUCGACAUCAAGAGCUUAGGGAAAUUCAAAAUAUUUUUACCUGUAAAAAAGGUUGAAAAUAAAUGAAAAGGAAAACUAAAAGAAAAAAGAAAAUAUCCAAAAAAUACAUUUGUCUAAUUUACAGACCUACGUUGGUAGCAUUGACCAUUAGAAUUGGGAUUUAGGACUGAGCAAACAAUUGCCCGACAUUUUUAUCGUAAGGGAGUUGUUUGGGUGAGGCAUCGAACGUUAGGUGGAAAAUUUAUAGGUGAUAUUCAUGCAAAAUAAGAAUUCACUAAUCGCUUAGUCUCGUAUUUAUUGAUGCAUUUAAUAGAGAAAAAAAACGUUGUGCCUACAAUAAAAUUUUCUGUUGUAACUUUUGAAAACUGUAUAGUAAGUACAUGUACAUAAAUAAGAAGGGUACAUUUAAAUCCUAAAAAUGUGACAUUUACUGCAACCAAGCUUAAUUUGGAAAUGAGUUUUCACUGUUUUCCAUUAGCCGCUAAUUACUUAGCAUAGUAUAGUUGUUGCAUGAUGAAAUGAACUUUUUUACCAGGUUAUUAAACCGUAUCGGUGCCAAUGCAACCAAAUAAUAUAAAGAUAAAAGUAAAUACAAACAGAGGCUUCGUUCGUCAAGUGAUAAGUGAUCUAUACUAAUAUUAUAAAGAGAGUUUGUUUGUUUGUUUCGAAUAGGCUCCGAAACUACUGGACCGAUAUGAAAAAUUCUUUUUCCAUUAGAAGCCGACAUUGUCCCUGAUGAACAUAGGCUACUUUUUUUAAUUUUUUUUUUGUUUCAUGUGUGUUUUAAUGUUUCCGAAGCGAAGCGAGGGCGGGUCGCUAGUUAAUUAUAAAUUCAAACAAAAUGUGCUCAAAAAUACUUACUGUGCAAGAAUAAAAUAGUUAAUUUUGAUAAACUAAAUAAAAACUUAUUCUAAAAGAUGUAAUGAAUAAUGUAAAGCAACUAAAUUAUUGUAAAGAAACUACAUAAAUAGAAUUUUUUUUUGUGGGGGAGUGGGUCGGAACUACCUACGAGGUAUUCGCGCCUAAGGGGGGGGGGGGGGGGGCACGCGGGGUUUGUGGAACUGGACGGUCUGCAGAUGUUGAGAGCAGACCGCGGCCCAAGGAUAUUUUAAAACCCUACCGCACCAAACGAUCUUGGACUCUCCCUUUGGGAGAAAGGAACUCAUUAUUACUUAUUAAUAUUAAUUCUAUUCAUUCAUAGAAUUCAAGGAAUUCCCGAAAUAUGCUGAACAGAAUGUAAUGUUUUCAUCAGAAAUAACUCAACAAUAAUAUAAAAAUUUACUGAAGCAUACUUAAUACUCUUAAACUGAAAUAUGCGUUAGGUUUAUUAAAUUAUGUCUGGACCGUUGUAAUUUGCAAACGGUAUUACAGUAUUAAUUUCAAAUAUAACAUGAUAAAGAAAAUUAUUCAUUAAGCAGUGGCUGACUGAUAAUUAUCUUCUAUCUUCUAUAUAUAUAAAAAUGAAUGAAUGCUGUUCGCUAGUCUCGCUAAAACUCGAGAACGGCUUUUUUUUUUUUUUUUUUCUUUUUCCACAGGAGAAAAUCGCCGGAUCCCGCCGGUAUGUGGGAGUUGAACCUCACGAAAAACUCCUGCCGCUCACAACCGGCGCCCUACCUCGGACCGGGCCGGAGCCCAGUCGGGGCUAUUGAAACGGCGGGACAGGGUUGACGCAGAGCACAUUACAUCCAUCCCACCGUCCCACGGACGCCGGACCGGUGGCCGCCAGCGACACGACCACCGGUUCCCUCGUUCAGCGGGCCGAGAGCCCGCUUUGAUGGCGCCGCGUUACACCUUCCUCCAGAGCGGUCGGGGGAACGCGGUCUACCAUCACCCGGCUUCCUAUUGCGGGUGAGCGUGCAGAGCACGCCACCCCACGUCUGGGUCCCUCCCCGCACAAAACGGGUGGGACCCCUAGCUCUUAGGGGGCCAGGUCACGGAUACGACCCCGGUCCCGACCUCCUGCUCGGCGGCGGCGGGUUUCUGCGUAGUGAGGAGAGCUUUCCCUCACUCGCCCCGCCGCCUCCUUCUGCGAGAUGGUGCACUCGCAGAAGUCGAGCAUAGCCUUCCAUGACUCAUCGCUGCCAAGCAUCGACGCCACGACGCCAGGCUCGAGAACGGCUGGACCGAUUUGGCUAAUUUUGGUCUUGAAUUAGUUGUGGAAGUCCAGAGAAGGUUUAAAAGAUUUAAAAUAAAUAUGAAAAUGCUCGGAAUAACAAUUUCGUUUUCCCUUUUAUUUGUCUCCCGUCGGACGGAUUCAUUUUGUUUGUUUUUAAUUUAUUUUAUACAAAAGUGUAGGUCUUUUAUUUAUCGAUUGAGGCACUACGAAGUCUGCUGGGUCAGCUAUAUAUAUAAAAAUGAAUGAAUGCUGUUCGUUAGUCUCGCUAAAACUCGAGAAAGACUGGACCGAUUUGGCUAAUUUUGGUCUUGAAUUAUUUGUGGAAGUCCAGAGAAGGUUUAAAAGGUAGAUGAAUAUGAAAAUGCUUGGAAUUAAAUAAAAAUAACAAUUUUGUUUUUCUUUGAUGUGUCCCCAGUCGAACGGAUUCCUUUUGUUUGCUUUAAGUUUAUUUUAUACAAAAGUUUAGGUCUUUUAUUUAUCGAUUGAGCCACUACAAAGUCUGCCGGAUCAGCUAGUGUACGAUAUUUUCAGUCUUAGAAACAGAAUUUAAUUUCCAUUUAUAUAGCUAGAAACUAUGUUUACAAUAUUUAUAUAAGUUGUAAAGCUUCACAAAAUAUAUUACAUUGCGUAUAAAACUAUUUACAAGCUUAAAUCCCUCCCUAGUCCCAUUAACAAAAAUCUAUAAUAUAUAUUAUAUUUCAAAUGAAAGCUGAAUUCAUUAAAUUUUCAAGUAAAUUUUAUGAUUGCACACAUAACGAGCCAUACACAGAAUCAUAAUUAUGAUCUUAAAACAGUUAAUUAUGAUCUCAUACGAAUUUAGUCAAGGGUUUUCAAAAUCAUUCCGGCAUUAGAUUUUUUUUUAAUUUUAACAAUAAGAUCAGAUUUUUUAUUUCUUUGCAAAAAUGCGGUGGCUGAACGACCACUCUCUGAUAGAUUGUGAGCAAAAUGAGCCAUUAAGUGCAGAUGUAUGAACGGAGCCUAUCCAGUUAAAUACGUUUUAAAUUUUAUGAACCUUUAACAAUCAUUAUUACCGAGCAAACAUUCAUAUCUAUUAAAAAACUUUCUGGUUCAAAGUGCGAUCUGAAAACGAGCAAAGGCUAACGGCCGGUCCCAAUAUCGGAUCCUCGAUCUUUUUUCAGCGAUUUCGGAUCGAAAUUUCAAUCCAAAAAUUACAAAACUGUUUCAAUAACCAAACCACAGAUUGCUUUGGCAAUCCGAAAAUGCAAUCAAUCUGCUAGAGGGCGUCAAUCCAUUUCUGCCACUUUUUGGAUCGCCCUCUGUUGGAAAAAGUCUGUAGUUGGGUUUCAAUAUUCGAUCUUUCGUCUUUGACAAAUCUAUUUACGGCUAUCUGCAAUCUAUUUUUACGAUCCUAAAAUUUUGGUCGAUUUGGCAAGCAAUCUUUCGGAUUAUUUACUGUUUACAAAAUAUUUAUUUAGCUUAUCAAUUACUGAUAGAAUUAAAAUAAAGAACAUAAUGGCCGGAACUUUAAUGUCUAGUGAUAGUGACAGUGAUCUUGAAGUGCUGGAGCAGCUUUCAGAUUGGGAUAAUGAGGAUACUGAUGGAGACGAAGGUCCAUCAGGAUCACGAAGAAGCUAUUGCCGUAUUGAUUAUACUCAGUGCCUAACUGAUGCUGAAUUUACAUUUAGAUUUCGUCUUAACAAAGCUGCGGUACAAUUACUUUUAUCGGAAAUAAUGCCACAUGUAAAAGUAACCUGCAAUCGAAAUCAUGGAGUUGCACCACUUCACCAGCUACUCCUAACCCUCCGAUUUUAUGCAUUGGGUACAAUGCUAAUUUCUGUAGCGGAUUUCGUGGGCGUGUCAAAAUCGACCGCCAGCAGAAUAGUUCACGAUAUAUCUGGAGCUAUAGCCAUACUGUACAAUAAAUACAUUGUAAUGCACCCUAAUCAUGUGGACAAGUUUUUUCAAUAUGGUCAAUUCCCACGUGUCCUGGGUGCAAUUGACUGCACUCACAUACGGAUACAAUCUCCAAAUCACACAAUAGGCGAAGAGUUCAGAAACCGAAAAGGCUACUUUUCAUUAAAUGUUCAAGCAGUUUGUGAUGCUGAUUUGAAGUUUAUGAAUGUUGUAGCCCGGUGGCCUGGUUCUGCACAUGAUGCUACUAUAUUUAAUAAUUCUGUUUUAAGAGCUCAGUGUGAAGCUGGGACUUUUGGGAAUCGCUGGUUGCUGGCUGACAGUGCCUAUCCAAACAGAUGAUAUAUGUUGACACCAAUUUUAAAUCCUAGUGCUAGAAAUGAACAAAAAUAUAAUGAUGCACAUAUUGCAACAAGAAACCUUAUUGAAAGGUAAGUGUUACAUAACCAGAAGAAUUGAAAAUCUACAGUAUGAUAAUAUUCACUAUGGAUGUACCUAUCACAGUAGACAUUAUGGGUAUAGCUAGUGAUUUUUACUUGUAUGAGUAUUAUACAAGUAACACACUAAACAAUAAUUAUCUUUUACAGAACCUUCGGUGUAUGGAAGCGACGUUUUCCA